GAACGCGUCAUCUGACUACGGAGCCUUGAUCGGGGUGCGCUGGCUUGUAAAGCAGGCGUACCCGUAGAAUUACAUAAACAGUGAGAUGCGCAGUUACUUAACACGAUUUUUUCCCCAUUCAUUCAUACUGAGGAUACAGUUGAGUCCCACCUUCUUCACAACAAAACCAUUGUAGCUAGGGUUGUGCAACUCCGAUGCUUGAUCGUUUUCGAUGUAUUUCAUUUGAACGUUGUCUAGGGCCUACAGGAAGGAACAUAACGAGACGAAACAUGGAGAAAAGCAGCGGGACAACUUCUACAAAAAGAAAAGCUUCCUCAUCUGAGACAAGUCUUCCAGACUGCAAAAAGCUGAAAUCGAAGGAUAGUGGCAAGACUAGCGCAAAUAAAGCUCUGAACAAGAAAAAUACUAAAAUAGAGAAGGACUCAAGCAAGAAAAAACACACAUUCUUGGGUAGCUCAGAAGUUUCUCUAAGUUCUAAAGAUGCAAGCCAGAAGAUGAUCCGGGAUGGAUGCCUAGAGGUUUCAAAGAAUGACAAAGGACAACUUGUUUUUAAAGACUUCCCACAGUUCCAACCUAACAUGUCACCAAAAGAAGUACUUCAAGCUGGCAGCUUUGGUGGUACCUACUUCAGACCAAUAUACUCAAGUGUCACAAAACACAAUUGCAAAGAUGAAUGGAAAGAGCUCCCUGAGGAUUGGCUGAAAGGUUUGAACAUUCCCACACAGGUGGCCUCAUCAACAUACAGAGACAGUGUAAACACAUACAAAGUGAAGUGUGGAGGCAGUCUAGAAAUGUGGGAAAGCAGUGGAUGGAUUGUAACCCAGGAUCCCUAUGGGUGGUUUCAGUGGUACUGCAGGUUUUACCAUGGUCGGCGUACUAAGGAUGAUGAGCGUCAGAUCGGGCGAUGGGCAAAGUGUGCUGGGGUAAAAGGCCGGUGGAGAAAUAAUCUGAUAACCAAAGUAGUCCGGUCAGGCUGUGGCUUUGACAACCCAACAAUCUCUCCUGUGGUCAGACAGACAUUACAGCACUGGGGGUACCGACUGACCAAGGAGGACUACAAGGAGGGUGCCAAGAGGGUUAAGCCAAAAUAACCGUGCACCCUGCUUGUAUUAAUUAUACGGGUACAGUAGGGAGGCUGGUGGGUGGAGCUAUAGGACGGGCUCAUUGUAAUGGCUGGAAGGAAUUUAAAUGGGAAAAAAACAAACGGAUCAAACAUAUGGAAACGACAUUUCGAUUCCAUUCCAUUUAUUUAAUUCCAGCCAUAACAAUGAUCCCAUCCUCCUAUAGCUCCUGCCACCAGCCUACACGGGGGUACAGAAAUAAGUGCAUGAGUUUGACUGUUUUAUUUGCAAACGUGUGUUUGUGGUAUUUUUGAUACUGUAAAUGCAAUGUUUAACUUUAAUUCGACUUUAAAAAAAAAUAGAGAUACCUAACUCCCUUUCUUGGAGCUUCUGUCUAAUUGUUAUUCUCAUGCGUCUUUCACCUCUUAUGAAGUGGGUAUUGUGCGCUGCAAAAAUAAUAUGAGCUCACCAGCUUGUAGUCCUAAAACCCAGAAAUUAGUUUCCUCUGGUUUGUUCAGCCAUCUCUAAGGGAAGAAAGUAUAGGGUUUUGGAAUAAAAGCUAAAAAAUACGGUCUGAGGAUAACUGACUGAGCAUGCUUUUGCAGCACAGUCGAUAGCGCGCCGGACCUCGGGCUCAAAGGUCGAGGGUUCGAGACCUGCUCCCUGCUGUUUCAUUACAUUGGCGAUGUUAUACAUUUUGUUCUGUGAUAUAAUAGCAGUUAUGUAAAAAGGGCUUUAUAAGUACAUUUGAGUUAACAUACAAAUCCUUUAUGAAUUAUGCAGCGAUUUCAGCAUGAAAAUCUUGGUGGGGCAAACAAUUGAAAAAAAUGUUUUAAUGCAUGCCAGCAAAGCCACUACACAACAUUAAACAAUACAUUCAUUGCACUAUAACGGUGACAAACCCUACUUUAAGCUGUCUCAACAACAGUCCCAACACCUUACCACUGCUACACCUGGGCCCUGUUUCAGAAAGCAGGUUUAACAAACUGAGUUUAAACCUGAACUCUGGGUUGACUAACUCUGAGCUCUCAAACUCUGCGUUUUUUGGUUUCAGAACAGGUGAUAACAAUUAGUUAAAUCAACUCUGAGUUAUGUUAACCCAGAGUAAAGCAUGUGCAUGAGUUGAUUAAAAGCCCUCAUCAAUGGAACGCAGAUAACAUGAUUCAUCAUGGCAACAGGAGAAAAAAGGGCUCGAACCUCCUACUUCUCCCUAGUGGAGUUAGAAAUAUUAAUGAAUUCGUAUGCAGAAUAUGAGUAUACACUACCGUUAAGUUUAGGGUCACUUAGAAAUGUCCUUGUUUUUGAAAGAUAAGCAAAAUAUUUGUCCAAAUUUAUCAGAAAUAGUAUAGACAUUGUUAAUGUUGUAAAUGACUAUUGUAGCUGGAAAUGGCAGAUUUUUUAAAAUGGAAUAUCUACAUAGGCGUACAGAGGCCCAUUAUCAUCAACCAUCACUCCUGUGUUCCAAUGGCAUGUUGUGUUAGCUAAUCCAAGUUUCUCAUUUUAAAGGCUAAUUGAUCAUUAGAAAACCCUUUUGCAAUUACUUUAGCACAGCUGAAACUUGUCCUGAUUAAAGAAGCAAUACAACUGGCCUUCUUUAGACUAGUUGAGUAUCUGGAGCAUCAACAUUUGUGGGUUUGAUUACAGGCUGAAAAUGGCUAGAAACAAAUAACUUUCUUCUGAAACUCGUCAGUCUAUUCAUGUUCUGAGAAAUAAAGGCUAUUUCAUUUGAGAAAUUGCCAAGAAACUGGAGAUCUCGUACAACGCUGUGUCCUACUGUGUGAGUCGAAAAAUGUGCGAGUCAUGUACAAACCCAGGCCACUUUGCUUCCACCAUGCUGAUGAUGUGGGCUGCAUCACAUAUGAUCUUCACAGUGCAGAACAGUAAUUAGAUACAGUAACUGUAUUGUAAAGUAUCUUUCAUUUGGAAUGCUAAAGGCUACUAUUUAGGCCUACCUGCACAUUAAUGCUGUGGAAGUACUUCCUAUUCACAUACUCUCCUUCAGUUACUGAAGGAGCUGUGAUAGGAAUAUGAGUGCCAUCUAUGCAGCUUAUCACACCUGGAAACCCUAAAAUGUAUCAAAUUAAGUGAUUAGUGCUUCAAGUCUCAAAGCUUCAUACUAAAUAAAUAAAUAAAUGCUGAGACUGAUA